GCUGCGGCUCCCUCCGCCCGGGCGAUGCCGCCCAGACUUCCCCCGCCGGUGCUGCCUGGCUUCCCGGCGCUGCAGUGAAGGAGCGCGGCCUCCUUUUGUUCGCCAGCCUUCCCUCCCUCUUCCUCUUCCUCUUCCUCUUCCCCUUCCUCCCAUGGACCGGCAUUGCCUCUGGGGCUGAGCCUCGGGCCACACUUCCGGGAUUGCAGCCCGGCCAGCCCUCCCUCUUCCUGGAGCCUUUUUGAAACGCCCGGGUCGUUGGAGAGGUCAAAUUUUUCCUGGAAUUGCGUGGGAAAUUCAGAAGACUGAAGCCCAGGCUCACUGUCUACCUUUCACGGAGGCCGAGCCGUGAGAGGACAGAAGAAGGCACCUGGCGAAUCAUGACAGCGGACAAAGAGAAGGACAAGGAGAAAGAGAAGGAUCGGGACAGGGACCGGGACCGGGAGAGAGACAAGCGCGAGAAGGCCCGGGAGAGCGAGAACUCCCGGCCUCGGCGGAGUUGCACCCUGGAAGGCGGGGCCAAGAACUACGCCGAGAGCGACCACAGCGAAGAUGAGGACAACGACAACAACAGUGCCACCACCGAGGAGUCCACCAAGAAGAACAAGAAGAAGCCUCCCAAGAAGAAAUCUCGCUACGAGAGAACGGACAAUGGGGAAAUCACCUCCUUCAUCACGGAAGAUGACGUCGUCUACAGGCCCGGAGAUUGCGUGUACAUUGAGAGUCGCCGACCAAACACUCCAUACUUCAUCUGUAGCAUUCAAGACUUCAAAUUGAGUAAACGGGACCAUCUCCUCAUGAAUGUCAAAUGGUACUACCGUCAAUCCGAAGUUCCCGAUUCUGUCUAUCAGCACUUGGUCCAAGAUCGGCACAACGAAAACGAUUCUGGGCGUGAGCUGGUUAUUACAGACCCAGUGAUCAAGAACAGAGAGCUUUUCAUUUCCGAUUAUGUUGACACCUAUCAUGCUGCUGCCCUCAGGGGGAAGUGUAAUAUUUCCCAUUUCUCUGACAUCUUUGCUGCUAGAGAGUUUAAAGCGCGCGUGGACUCCUUUUUCUACAUUCUGGGCUACAAUCCAGAGACAAGGAGGUUGAACAGCACGCAAGGUGAAAUCCGGGUUGGCCCUAGCCAUCAGGCCAAGCUUCCAGAGCUGCAGCCAUUCCCUUCGGGAGACGGAGACACCGUGACGCAGCACGAAGAGCUGGUAUGGAUGCCGGGCGUCAACGACUGCGACCUGCUCAUGUACUUGAGGGCAGCCCGGAGCAUGGCGGCGUUUGCAGGGAUGUGUGAUGGCGGAUCCACAGAAGACGGGUGCGUGGCGGCCUCCCGGGAUGACACUACUCUCAAUGCACUCAACACACUACAUGAAAGUAACUACGAUGCUGGCAAAGCCCUCCAACGCCUGGUGAAAAAGCCCGUGCCCAAACUCAUUGAGAAGUGCUGGACGGAAGACGAAGUGAAACGGUUCAUCAAAGGCCUCCGACAGUAUGGAAAGAACUUCUUCCGGAUCCGAAAAGAGCUGCUUCCCAAUAAGGAGACCGGAGAACUGAUCACUUUCUAUUACUACUGGAAGAAAACCCCCGAAGCCGCCAGUUCUCGGGCGCACCGCAGGCACCGGCGGCAGGCUGUGUUUCGCAGAAUCAAAACACGGACGGCUUCCACUCCGGUUAACACGCCCUCCAGGCCCCCGUCCAGCGAAUUCUUGGAUUUGAGCUCUGCCAGCGAAGAUGACUUCGACAGCGAGGACAGCGAGCAGGAGCUGAAGGGCUACGCGUGUCGGCACUGCUUCACCACCACCUCCAAGGACUGGCACCACGGCGGGCGGGAAAACAUCUUGCUGUGCACAGACUGUCGCAUCCACUUCAAGAAAUACGGGGAGCUCCCUCCCAUCGAGAAGCCGGUGGACCCACCCCCUUUUAUGUUUAAACCUGUCAAAGAGGAAGAUGACGGACUCAGCGGGAAGCAUAGCAUGAGGACACGGCGGAGUCGAGGCUCGCAGAUGUCUGCACUACGAAGUGGUCGGAAAAAGCAGCCCAGCAGCCCUGAUGGUAGAGCCUCACCUAUCAACGAAGACAUACGAUCCAGUGGACGCAACUCUCCCAGUGCCGCCAGUACUUCCAGUAAUGACAGCAAGGCUGAUUCGGUGAAGAAGUCCACCAAACAGAAGAUCAAAGAAGAGGCGUCGUCUCCUCUCAAGAGUUCCAAGAGACAACGAGAAAAGGCAGCUUCCGACACCGAGGAGCCCGACAGGAGCAAUGCCAAAAAAACCAAAACACAGGAAAUCAGCCGGCCCAAUUCCCCGUCGGAGGGCGAAGGGGAAGGGGAAAGCUCCGACAGCCGGAGCGUGAACGACGAGGGCAGCAGCGAUCCAAAAGACAUCGACCAGGACAACCGGAGCACCUCGCCCAGCAUCCCGAGCCCCCAAGACAACGAAAGCGACUCCGAUUCCUCCGCGCAGCAGCAUGUGCUGCAGGCCCCCAACGGUCCUGUUCAGCCCACUCCCCCAGCGCUGCCUUUGCCGCCGCAGCUCCCUGUCCCGCUGCCGGCCACCUCGGGCGCCCCUUCCUCAGUACUGCCCCACAUCCCCACCUCUGUGUCCCAGCCGCCCAGCCAACCCCAAACUCCGGUACCCCCUCAUUCCCACAUCCAGCAGGCGCCUUCUCUUCACCCCCAGAGGCUGCCUUCGCCUCAUCCGCCCCUGCAACCGCUGACUGUCCCUGCGAGCCAGCUUCCUGCUGUCUCUCAGCCGCACCCGCAGCCUCCGCUUCACGGGCAGAUCCCGGUCCUCCCGCACAAUCUCCAAGCCCAGACACUGCUGCCUCAUACUGUCCCCACUCCGCCGUUCCCCCUUCCCGCACAGUCAUCCUCGUCGUCGUCGUCUCAGUCUCAGGUCUCCCUGCAGCCGCAGCCCACUUCCCUCGCCCAUGGCGCACUUCAGGUGCCGCCGGCACAGCAAGUGCCCUCUCCCAUGCAGCAGCCGCCCCGAGAGCAGCCCCUUCCUCCUGCUCCCAUGCCCAUGCCCCACAUCAAGCCCCCUCCCACCACCCCGAUUCCACAGCUCCCCACGCCGCCGUCCCACAAGCACCUCGCCGGCCCGUCACCGUUCUCCAUGAACUCCAACUUGCCGCCGCCGCCCGCUCUGAAGCCGCUGAGUUCCCUCUCGACUCAUCACCCGCCAUCGGCGCACCCUCCUCCUCUGCAGCUCAUGCCGCAGAGCCAGCCGCUGCAGCCUUCUCCCGCCCAGCCGCCCGUCCUGACGCAAAGCCAGAGCCUCCCUCCCUCCGCCGGCCACCCUUCCUCCGGUCUCCAUCCGGUGCCGCCUCAACCCCCCUUCUCCCAGCAUCCCUUUGUCCCCGGGGGUCCCCCACCGGUCACUCCUCCCUCUUGCCCGUCCACCUCCACGCCGCCGUCCGUGCCUCCGGCCGCCAUCGCCACGCCUGCGUCCUGCAGCGGGAAUGUCCCUGCGGUGACCGCCUGCACGAUACCGCCGAUUCAGAUCAAAGAGGAGGCUCCAGACGAAGCGGAGGAACCGGAGAGCCCGCCUCCCCCGCCUAGGAGUCCGUCGCCGGAGCCGACGGUUGUGGACACGCCAAGCCAUGCCAGCCAGUCAGCAAGGUUUUACAAGCACCUGGACCGCGGCUACAACUCCUGCGCCCGGACGGACCUCUACUUCAUGCCGCUCGCCGGUUCCAAGCUGGCCAAGAAGCGCGAGGAAGCCAUCGAGAAGGCCAAGCGGGAGGCGGAGCAGAAGGCAAGAGAAGAGAGGGAACGGGAGAAAGAGAAGGAAAAGGAGAGGGAGAGAGAGCGGGAGCGUGAGAGAGAAGCAGAAAGAGCGGCGCAGAAAGCGUCCAGUUCCUCCCACGAAGGGCGCCUCGGAGAAUCCCAGCUGAGCGGGCCUGCUCACAUGAGACCUUCCUUCGAACCGCCUCCCACCACCAUUGCCGCCGUGCCCCCUUACAUCGGUCCCGACACGCCAGCCCUACGGACUCUCAGCGAGUACGCCCGCCCUCACGUCAUGUCCCCCACAAACCGCAACCACCCCUUCUUUGUCCCCCUCAACCCCACCGACCCGCUUUUGGCCUACCACAUGCCCGGCCUUUACAACGUGGACCCCACCAUCCGGGAGCGGGAACUGCGCGAACGGGAGAUCCGGGAGCGGGAGAUCCGGGAGCGGGAGCUGCGGGAGAGGAUGAAGCCGGGUUUCGAGGUGAAGCCGCCGGAGCUCGACGCGCUGCACCCGGCCACCAACCCCAUGGAGCACUUUGCCCGCCACGGCGCUCUCACCAUCCCGCCCACAGCAGGUCCGCACCCUUUUGCUUCCUUCCAUCCGGGGCUGAACCCUCUGGAACGGGAGAGACUCGCUCUAGCCGGCCCCCAGUUGCGGCCUGAUAUGAGCUACCCGGACAGACUGGCUGCCGAACGGAUACAUGCCGAGCGGAUGGCGUCGCUCACCAACGACCCCUUGGCCAGGCUCCAGAUGUUCAACGUGACGCCGCAUCAUCACCAACAUUCGCACAUCCAUUCGCAUCUACACCUCCAUCAGCAAGACCCGCUACAUCAAGACUGUUUGGCCACCCGAUGUCACUGCAGGCACUACAGACAGAGAAGCUCGGCGGGACCCGUCCAUCCCCUCGUGGACCCCUUGGCCGCCGGACCCCACUUGGCACGCUUCCCCUACCCUCCUGGUACUAUCCCAAACCCAUUGCUAGGGCAGCCGCCCCACGAGCACGAAAUGCUCCGGCACCCCGUCUUCGCAUCCUGUUUCCAUCAGAGGCCAGGCCAGAUGCCUCUGGGGAGCCCACACCCUGCAGGGCGGGAUGGGAACAGCCCUCCCCCAGUAUUGCUCCCCACCAACUGGUUCGCAGAGGCGGCCGGCUUCUGUCGAUGUACCCCCUACCCACGCGAGCUCCCCGGUGCCAUCCCUCCGCCCAUGUCCGCCGCCCACCAGUUACAGGCCAUGCAUGCCCAGUCGGCAGAGCUUCAGAGACUAGCGAUGGAGCAGCAGUGGCUUCACGGUCACCCCCACAUGCAUGGAGGACACCUCCCCAGCCAAGAAGACUAUUACAGUCGACUGAAGAAAGAAGGCGACAAGCAGUUGUAAUAAAUUAUUUAUUUGUGUCGCUGGCUCCAGAAGAUCCCCAAGCCUUGGGCGGAGAGUGGAAUGUGUGCGUCUCCGCGCAGGGGAGAACGGAGGAAAACCGAGAGCGUUGUCUUCUCAAGAUCCCCGAAAACAGCCCCGCGAAAGCCCCGCAGACUUUUUAUAAAAUCAGCACAUAUAUUCUAGUAUUAAUUCGUAGAGAAGAUUUCUCAAGACCCGUUGCAUGACGUAUCGAAAGAAUAGCAACACGGGACUGGACGGAGCAUUCCGAGCAUCUUUCUUGGGCGAUCGUGGGGUGGAGGUCGGAUUUUGUUUUCGGGGAGGGG